UAUUUCUGGCCCAGUGACAGUAACUGAAGGCAGGAGGAAAGGUAUAAAAGCAGCUGAGGGCCUCCACUAUUCAGCAGGGGGAAGUCUUUGCCUGCCACAGUUGUCUGCCUUGCAAUCCACCCAGACACAGCCUGGCUUUUGAUUCCAGCUCAGGACCAGACUGUCCUUACUGUCACCUCCCUGCACACCAGGUCUCUGGUCUCCAGGUCACCACUAUGCGGUCUCGGCUCCUGCUGUCAGUAGCCCCGCUGCCCACCAUCCGGGAGACUUCAGAGGAGAUGCAGCCCACAGACCCAGGGCAGGAGCCCCUGGCUUCUCCCAGCCUGGAGGACUACGUGAGGUCUAUCUGCCAGCUGGUGCAGCCUACUGCCAUAGUGGAUAAGGUCACUAUCCAGGGCGGACUCAGCCGACCCCACCAGGCAGCUCAAGACAGAGACAAGAGUCCUCUGGCUUCUUCCCCCCAGGAGAUCUGUGCUUCCUUCAACGGCCGAGAGCCCACACUGCCCUCUGCUGGUGCUACAGACCCACUGGACUGGCUCUUCGGAGCUUCCCAGGAAAAGCAGAGCAAGACUGACUCUGCCAGGCCCUGGAGCGAGCACAGACAGGCAGACAGCAUCAAGGCCAGGACGCCAGAGGGGUCUCUGGUGACGCCGUUGCAGCAUGGGCACCACAGUGCCAGCCUGCAGAGCCGGACUUUCUCAGCCUCCCACUGCAGGCCCCGACCCAGCAGCAUCCUGCACACUGUCUACUCACAGCUCCCUGUAAUCCACGAACUCUGAGCCUCCUAAUAAAGGCUUCCACCCCCACA